CGCAGUUCAGCGAAGAGUGUAAACGUGUACGUCCAUAUAUCUGAACCGAAUAAAAACUGGGUGUGAAUAUAUUAUGGUCGCAAUGGAGCACGGGAAUCGGAGGUGAGCUGAACCAACGAUUAUAUUCUAAUCAAUAUUGCCAGGAGCUUGGCAACGGAUGCUAAUCAAGUUAAGAAGUUGAAUAGUUGACCCGCAAUCAAUACAGUUCUCGAUAAAUUCUUAGAGAAACACAUAACAAGACCGUUCGCUUGUCACAGCGCUGAUAGCUAUCUUCGCAGAGGUUCUCAUGUACGGUUGGUACUCUUCAUACCUAGCCCAACUCACAGCGGAUGGAUUAUCACUUCCCAUCACGACAUACAGCCGAGGUCUUCUCGGUUCCCUCUUUGCUCAGCCUUGGAAGGCUGGAGGAAUUGUGGGUUCUUUCAAUGCAGUUGAAGAGGCCGUGAUGUUCCAGACAGCGGGGCCAAGGAACCACGACGUUCUAGGCUUAACUUCCAAUCCGAGUGAACCACGAUCAGUCGGUCCGGAUCACCCCGAGGAAGGCGGCAAGAAGAACUUGCAGAUGAUGAAACUUCUUCCCGUUUCCUCAUCCCUCGUGCCACAGCCUAAAGUCAGCAAACUGCUCCCUCUCCGGGUCAAGUUGCACUUAAAUGAGCUUUGCUCGCUACAUCUGAAAUUGAAUGCAACCCAUUCGCUUCAAGUCAUAGCAAAUCAUAACGUAGGAGAAAAUUUGUUAAAGCUUUUGAAUAACUAGUCCAUCUUGCGUUUUGGAACUCAUAGAAAGAUAUCAUCAUUCCACGGAUAUUUUGUAAAAAAAAUUGUUCAAAAUCCAGUUUACUUAUUUUUCUAUUCCAAAUGAAUAAAAAAGCCAAGUUACUAGUUAA